GUUUUCGUUUUUUGUGUUCUUGGCCAGAGCUGAAAUUCGCAUUCAAGGUUAGAUCUGUCUUGAAGCCACUUCAUGGAACGGCAAAAAGAUAAAGGCGCAGAUCUUUGUCCAUCUGAGUCCGUCAUGGCGACAGUCUUGUCCAAAAGUUUAUUAUAAACAAUUUGCAGGUAAAGGUGAAGUACCAAGGAUGACGAAACGUCACUGGAGGGAUUCAAUAAAAUCCUUUUUGGGGACUCAUGUUUCUCCUGAAAAAACUGAUCAGCUUGAAGAGACAAAAAAUGAAAUUGAGAAUAAAGUGAAUAAGAUCUUGAAGCUUAUCAAAGAUGGAGGAGAAGAGGGCAAUUCCGUAGGGAACUCGAACAGAGAGUCAGAACUUUUUGACCUUGUCAAGGAUUUCAACAAACAGUACCAAUCACUCUAUGAACAAUAUGAUCAACUUACUGCAGAGUUGAAGAAAUUUGAUGACCAAGAAGAAAAAGAUGGUGACCUAUCAACUAGUUCCUGCUCAGAUUCCGAUCCAGAUCAUUCUUCCAAGGAGAAUUCAACAUUGUGGGUUGAGAAUGGAGCACUAAAACAGGAACUACAAGCUCUGAAAGGGGACGCUUCUGAUCUGAAGCAAAGACUGGAAUUUGCCAAUGAGAGAGCUGCUGAUUUAACUCAGGGACUGGAUUCUGCUCAGGAGGAGAACAUGGCACUGGUUUCAAAAAAUGUUGAAAUUUCAAAUACCAUGGAACAGGAACAGAGAAUAAUACAGGAACUCACAGAAGAAGUUCAACGGUUGAGUGAGAGGUCCAAUGAGAGUGAAGCUGAACUUUCUGAUCUCAAAAUGGUACGUGAGGAGUUAUCAGCUCAACUAAAGGGUUUAGAGGUGUAUGUAACUGAUUUACAAUCCGAGCUGGGCUCUUUACAAACCCAGAAAAGGGAACUGGAAGAGCACUUUGUAGAUAAAUCAAAUGAAGCUAAACAGUUGGAAGAGGAAAAUUUGGAGCUGCAGUUGGUUCAAACUGAACUACAAGACAAAAUUUUAGAAUUUGAAAAAAUAUCCAGAGGGAAAGAGGGUGAAAUUUCUGCUUUCUUGAAGAAACUUGAAGAUGACCAAAGCAAGGCAACAACUCAAACAGAAAACGCAAAAGCACAGUUGAACCAUCUGCAAUUGGAGGUGGACUCAUUACAUGCUAAGAUGAGUGAAUUGGAAGAGCAAAUCAAAUGUAGAAGUGAUGAAACUAAACAAUUGAUGGAGAAGAACUCGGUAUUGCUGCAAGGUCUAACUGACGUGCAAGAUCAGGUAAAGGACCUUCAACUGGAGGUGAAGUCUUUAUUGGCACAGAAAGGUGAACUGGAAGAGCAGAUCACAAUUAAGAGUCAUGAAGCACAGGAGUUGAGGGAAGAAAACCAGGCGCUGCAGGUGCAAGAUCAGACUUUGGAUUUGGAGAGAAUAUUAUCAGAGAGAGGAGAUGAGCUUUCUAAUCUCCCGAAGAAACUUGAAGAUAACAAGAAUGAAGAGCCAGCUCAAAUUAUGGAUUUAACUGCACAGGUCAAUGAUCUGCAAGUGGAGUUGGAAUACUCCCAGAAAAGGCAAUUGGAGUUGCAUACUGCAGGAGAAAGACAAGAAGCUGCAGGAAAACAGACUCAGGUGGAGAAUAUGAACAUUGAGUUAACUAGGAAGGUUUCUGAGCAGCAGAAAUUGCUAAAAGAAAAGAAGGAUAGAAUCAACAAGUUAACUAUAGAGUAUAACCAACUUGAGGAUCUGUAUAAGGAAUCACUGAAGAAUCGCCAGGUGGUGCAAAAGAAGAUCGAAGAAACGGAAGAACACCUGAGUAAUAGAGAUGAGAUGAUUAAUAUGUGGCAAAGGAUGGCUGAGAAGCUGAAGAAAGAAGUAGAAACUGCAAGAAAAGUUAUUACUGCAUUGAAAACAAAGUUGAGUGAAAUAGAGCAGAAUCUAUUUCUUCAGAAAAGGCUUCAGUCUACAGAAUUAGACAAGGCAGUUGCAACCGUAGAGAAGGAGCGUCAAACCAUCAAAAUGUUGCAGAGAAUUCAAGAAGAGCAUCAGGGAGUGAUUGCAAGGUUACAGGUUGAGAUAAAGAAAGUGGGGGUAUUAGAAUUGAAGGUGAGAGAGGGGGUAGAGGACGAGAAACUGUUGAGAAGUAUAGCUGAACUUGAGAAGAAGGCAAGAGAAUUGGAGAACAGACUCAAAGAGAAAGAAGAUGAGGUGCUCAGCAUGGAGGAAGAGAAGAAAGAAGUGAUAAGGCAAUUGUGCAUUUGGAUCGACCACCACCUUGAUCAAAUUGAUUAUCUGAAGGGAUUGUUCAUUAAGACAAGAGUAAGCAACCAGAGGACAACUUGAGUUUUUCAUUUCUUCGUUGUGGUUCUUUAUGGAUGUAGAGUCCAAUCAGUCUGUCAUCUCCAAUGUUUUCAAUUU